AUGAGAAUAAGAGGGUCUCUAGUUCAUUCUCCUCCUGCAGUUGUUAUGCUAAUGUGCAUGUUUAGCAGCAUAGUUCAUGGCCAACAAUACACCGAGGAAACAGAUUCAAAUGUUGCAGCCAAUGGAAGAAACGGAUCACUUCUAUCAUCAUUGUUUAUACUAGGGGAUUCCUCUGUUGAUUGUGGAGACAAUACUCUGCUCUACCCUCUGCUUCACGGUCGUCUCUCUCUGUAUCCGUGUAAUGGUUCAGAUUCCUCUCUUCUUCCUCAACUUAUAGCUGAGAAGAUUGGAUUGACAUCAAUCCAACCAUUUUACGCUCAAAAUGGAUCUCUGAAUGAGAUUCUUGGUGGUCUCAACUUUGGAUCAACACAAGCUACAAUCAUGAACCAGGGAGGCUUCAGCCACCAGUCUCUAAACCAACAACUACGCCAAGUCUCUGAGAGCAUGCAGCUACUGCAACUGCAGCUAAGCGAAAAAGCUGCUCUUGAAUUUACAAAAUCUUCCAUCUUUUUCCUCUCAUUUGGAAAAGAAGAUUACAUUGAUUUAUUCCUACACAACUCUUCCAACCCUAUGAUAAACCACAGCGCACAAUAUUUUGCGACCAUUUUGGUCAAUCAGAUGACAAAUGCAAUGAGGUAUCUUUAUGAUGCAAACGCAAGGAAAAUCAUAUGCUUAGGAGUUCUUCCUUUGGGAUGUACACCCCGAAUAGCGUGGGAGUCAAAUCAGACAUCAGAUGGUGUUAUCAAUGGAAAUGGUUGUGUAGAUAAUGUCAAUAAUUGGGUCUUGGAAUACAAUAGAUUGUUGGAUGAGCACAUAGUCCAGCUUAAUGCAGAAUUUUCUGAUGCUCAUAUAGUGUUCUGUGAUGUAUACAGUGGAAUAUUGGAGAUUAUAAACAGACCAAGGUUUUAUGGUUUUGAAGACACAAAGAGCGCAUGCUGUGGACUUGGUUUGAAUGGUGCAAUGGUAGGGUGUAUCUCUACAGAAAUGGCCUGCAAUCAAGCUUCAGGACAUGUUUGGUGGGACUUAUUCAAUCCUACAGAAGCAGCGAACUCUAUUUUAGCUGAAGCAGCCUGGUCUAACCAACCUAUACCGGAUCUUUGCCGUCCUUUCACCAUCCAUGAAUUGGUCAAGACCAAAACCUAGCAUUUAAUUGCUAGACCUGUUUCAUAAGAUUCACUCAUAUGUUUCAAGAAUCAUUCAGAAACUUAAGUUUCAAAACUCAUUAGUAUGUUUGGAUGAACGGCGAGUUUACCAAAAUUAUAGUGACUAUGUAAUUUUGUAAAAGUUCUA